CAUUCCACUUUACAAGUGCCUGACAGUACAAACAUGGAAUAUGCAAAGCACGAGGAGGAACAGUGGUUUUUGUCUCAGAAAGUUUCAGAGAGAAUGAGAGAGCAGGCUAAGUUGUUUCUUGACUUUGCAGAGGCUAACAAAGACAAUAGUAAUACCAGAUUUAUAGCAGCUUCAGUAUACAACAAGGGUCACCCAGGCGCUGCUAUGUACUUGUAUGAAGAAGGAUUCAAGCAGAGUGACUGCUUUGAGCCGCCCUCCAAGCCAGACAAGCCAGUUGUGUGUGGAGUGACACAUGACAGCGUGAUGCUAAAGAUAAAGCCAUCACAAUAUGGGUUAAGCAAUCUAGUCCAGUACAUAGUUGAGUAUAGUGUUCCUGAAAAAGAUGAAUGGAAAUCUGUGGAAACAUCUACUAAAGAAGAGUCCUACACUGUAUCUGGUUUACUUCCAAACACACUUUACCAGUUCAAAUGCAAAGCUGUAUGCAGGCAAGGGGUCAGUAAGUCUAGUGAUGCGAGCAACAGUGUUAAAACUCAACCUACAAGUCCACCAGGUCAACCAUCAGCAGUUCAAAUUGACUCGACUGAAAUGACCAUUGACUGGCUUAAACCAACGGUAAUAGGAGCUGGGGUCAGCAUUGAUAACUACACUGUUGAAUAUAAGGAAAUGAGGGAUUCUGCUAGUGGUAGUGAUUGCACUGACAUGUGGAUUAAAAAAAGAUGUGAAAAUAGUGAGUGCACUCUAAAGGAAUUGAAACCUGAAACAACAUAUACCAUUAGAUUGUUUUCCAAUUGUGGAGAAGCAGGCAUAAGCGCACAAAGUGUUGAAGCGAAGGUAACAACACUGGCUGAAAGUAAGAGAAUUGCUGACAAGAUUCAAAGACAGAGUAAGUUAGUGAAUAAGGGAUCACCUUCCAUUUACACUGUCCCACUACAAGAAGUAAAUAUCAACAAGGAUUGUAAAAGGUGUUUCUUUGGAAAAGAAAACAAAAGAAAUAAUAAGACAGUUAUGGUUGUUGGGGCAACAGGAGCUGGUAAAACCACUCUCAUUAAUGGAAUGAUAAACUACAUACUUGGAGUUGAAUGGGAUGAUGGAUUCCGUUUCAAAUUAAUAGAUGAAGGUGAAGCUACAUCUCAAGCUGAAAGUCAAACAUCUGUGAUCACUGCAUAUGAAAUCAGUUAUCAGGAUGGAUUAACUCUUCCAUACUCUAUCACAAUUAUAGACACCCCUGGAUUUGGAGAUACAAGAGGAAUUACACGGGACAGAAUGAUCACUGAACAAAUCCGUCAGUUUUUUUAACCCCCAGUGGUGUUGAUACUAUUGAUGCUGUGUGUUUUGUAACCCAAGCGUCAUUGGCUCGCUUGACACAUGCACAGAAAUAUGUAUUUGACUCA